AAGUGCGGCGCAGACCACGUCGUUAACCACAGAGACGCAGAGAGACUCGGCAGACAGAUCCUGGCUAUAACAAAAGGGGCCGGUCGUUGAUGUCAUCUUUGAGCUGGUGGCCAGUGUAAACGCCGUCAAAGACCAAAAGAUACUUAAGAAAGGUGGAACUCUUCUGGUUGUAGGCACUAAGGAAUACGGUGGCAUGGGCUACUUGGACAUUGGAGCACUGAUAGGCUUGGAAUUUGUCAUCAUCGGACAGGCCAUAUUCAGCGUUACGGACGAGGAGCUGAAGACGAUGCGUCGUGACAUCGAUCUCAUGCAGAAGAACAACGAGGUGAAGCCCAUCGUCGCCAACGUCUACUGCAUGGAGGACGUCGCUCAGGCGCACUUCGACUCGCUCGCCGGCGCAGGCUCCCGCGGCAAGCUCGUCGUGAGCAUCAUUCCCGAGGCAAAGGACAGCGUGAAGUUCUGAGAUGGAUCUCCUACGCUUAGAUUUCAUCCGUAACAUCGGGGCGGUGGAUGGUUUCGAUCGUCUAGCGGCGGGGGAGGGAUAUUUGCGCGUUCGGUUAGGUUUUUCGCUCUUGUAGUCCGCUGUCGUAGCUCGUCGUAGCUGAUCGUAGCUCGGGGGAAGCAGGCGCGCUGGGGCAGCUGGGACAGAUCAGGAGAGCGUCUCCCUUGGACGUGGUCAUAUAGUACGCGAGGGAGGAGGAGAAAGAGAUUGCACAGCGAGUAGACAGUUCCUUAGGAUCACCUUACAUACAUUCGUAGAUCACCUUAUCCUGUCCAGACAGUAGGCAUCCAUUCUGCUGCGAUGUUCGCGAGAUUUCAUAGUGAACACAGGGUUACAUUUACACUAUAAUCAUAGAAACGUAUAUAUAUGCUAAUUAGACCACCUAUACAAUUUUGUGCUGAUAGAACUUUACACGCAUUAUAUCAAGAGCCCAUUAACCCCUUACCAUUACCAUUACCUUACCAUUACCUUACCAUUACCAUUACCAUUACCUUACCAUUACCGUUAAAGGGGUUAAUGGGCUCUUGAUUAUAUGUAUUACACGCAUCGACAAAUUCAGGUCCGGUCCCGCGAGUCUGAUAGGUAGGAUAUAUAAUACUUAUCAUAAACCAGGGUAAAUAUCUUUAUCGAGAUAUUUGUGAUAUUUGAGCUGCGCCAUGACGUAUCGUUGGGUGCAUGCUAUGAUUGGUUGUGCAGGGGUAGAUACACUACUACUUAAUGUUGUAUGAAUGUCGUCUCUGUGUUACUUGUACACACUACCUGUGUCCAUUUUCUACGUAAGGUGAGCACUCCCAGUUUUCACUAGAGGUCGUGUACGUAGGAUUCCGUGUACGAAUUCUCUCUACUACGGGACUGAUCGUUUAGGCUCCUUGUGCUAUCUUAUAUAUGUAAAGUUGUUCAGCCGAAUUAGUCCGUACUCGCAUAACUAGAGAACUCCACAGCCUAGAGGAAAACUAAAGAUAUUUAAACUAGUUGAGAAACAAUCUUAUCAGGUAAGAAUUUGACGAUACGUUUAGUCCCGUUAGUUCUUACUUUUAAUGUAAAAAAAUGGCAACAACAAUUUUACAAAUUUUACCAUAGAAAAUCCGUGACGUAGUCAAUUUAACGGCGCAGUGGCAUAAUCGCUAGAACAUCCGUCUCCUACACCGUGAUUCCGGGUUCUUCCACCUGGGGAACUUAUUUUCCCCUUUUUUAAUUUUUUUCCCUUUACCUACCUGUUUAGUAUGUAUUAUU